UGGCGUGAUUUUUGACCCUCGGUUGAGCUGGAUGCCACAUCUCGAGCAGUUAAAGUCCGAUGUCGACAUCUUUUACAACAAAAUGAAACAGUUCAGUAGAGCCACCUGGGGCUUGUCCCCAAACAUUCUUAAACAAAUUUAUCUCCGAGCUAUUGAGAAAAAAAUCACUUACGGAGCCUCUGUAUGGUAUAAAAAUAACGUGAAAAUUAAUAAGAAGUUGAACUCCAUACAGCGCAUCCCACUUCUAAAUAUCACCAAAUGCUACUCCACCACCAGCACAGAGGCUCUCCAAAUUCUUGCUGGGUUGACCGAGGAUAGAGUGGGCUGUGGUUUCUUGGUGAAGCUUAAUAACUACACCAUUUAUCAACACUGUGCUAGACUUAAUAACGAUGCAAGUGUAUACCCCGCCGAACUCACUGCCAUCAAACUUGCAAUCACAUGGGCAAACGCUGAAAAUAUUAAUGCAUUUAAUUUAUUCUCUGAUUCUAAAUCCUCGCUGCAGUCGCUAGAAAACCCAAAUCCGAAUGACCCACUUGUGGAAGAAAUUAAGAACAUGGUCAAAUAUAAAACAUGCUGUCUCAACUGGGUAAAGGCACAUUCUGGGGACAUUGGCAACGAGGAAGCUGAUGCACUUGCCAAACAAGGCACUCUUCUUGGCGGGGUUGAUCACUAUUAUCCUCUUUCAAAACCACAAAUCAAUUACAGACUGAGGCAGGUAAGCAACGCAAUUUGGCAGGACAGGUGGUCAACCACAACAAAUGGGAGACAUACCUAUAUCUUCUACCAAAUGGUCAAGGAGAAUAGACUCCCCAGCGAUUUCUUUCUUAAUCAAUUUCUCACGGGCCAUGGAGUUUUCGGCGAGCAUCAAGCUAGGCUAUUCCAAGCUACAGCCAGCUGUAAAUACUGUGGAAAAUAUCAAUCCCUUAAACACCUAAUUUGCCGAAUGUGA